AUGGUGUCCACCAUAUAUUUUACUCAAUGUGUAUGUGGUUUUAUUAAAUUCCAGACUGGUGUAGCAUGGCAGUUUGUUUGUCCGCAGGGAAUCCGAGAUCUCUUGGUUUACACAAAGAAAAAAUACAACAAUCCUGUUAUGUACAUCACUGAGAAUGGAAUGGGAGAGUUGAAUAACAAUUCAUUAACGCUGGAGGAAGCCCUAAAGGAUGACUUGAGAGCAAGCUUUCACCAUCGCCAUCUUUUAUUUGUUCAAAGAGCCAUGAUCAAGAAUGGUGUGGAUGUGAGGGGAUAUUUUGUAUGGCCUCUACUGGAUAACUUUGAGUGGGGCAGUGGAUAUACCGUACGAUUCGGCAUCAACUACGUAGAUUAUAAAGAUGGGUUGAAGAGAUACCCAAAGAAGUCAGCCAUUUGGUUCAAAAAAUUUCUCCGAAAAUAGUGGGUGAACAGUGGCUGGCCAUGUAAUGUGGACUAAA